UAUAGGAGUUUAUGAUUGCCCAAAACUUCAGACUCUUUCAAAAAUGGAAUUGUCAAGUCAAAAUUUGAAAGUCAUCAAAGGAGAAACCAUGUGAUGGGAGGCAUUAACAUGGAGUGAAGCAGAAUGGGGAAUAAUUGGCCGGCCAUCUAUUUUUUAUUGCAUCUUUUCUCCAAUAGAUAAACAGGCUGACAUUAUGAGUCAACUGGAGUUGGAUGAUGAUAUUGAUGACAGUCCAGCGGACCAGCCAUUGCAGUCUUCCAUUGGCAAGAUCCCUGAGGACACGAGUCGUCGUAUCACAACGACAGGCGGGGUAGUGUGUGAGCCAUUACAGCCUUCUAGUGUCAAGGUCUCCAAGUACGGGAAGAGAAAGACCAAGGAAAAAACGACAAUAAUAUCCGAGUCUCUUGACGAUUUAUACUUUUGGAAAAAAUAUGGUCAGAAAUUAGUUCGUAAUUCCAAAUUUCCAAGAAAGUAUUUCAGGUGCACUCAUAGAUGUGAUGAGGGUUGUCAAGCUACCAAACAAGUACAGAGAAUUGACGAGAAGCCUCACCUUUACAGUAUCACUUAUUCUGGGAAACACACUUGCACACAAGCCUCCGGUGUAAACAAUUCCUCCAUGAAUAAUCAGGUUGACGUGAUCGCUCAACUUGGGGUAGAUGAUAUUGACGACAGUCCCGACGGGGGAAUAGUGGAUGAGCCAUUACGACCAUCCAAUGACGAGGUCUUCAAGGACAAAAUGCAUUAUUAGAAGAGAGAAGUCACUUCUAGAUGGACAAAGCAAUCCAAGUCUCUUGACGAUGGAUACGGUUGGAGGAAAUAUGGCCAGAAAGACAUUCUUGGAGGCAAAUUUCCAAGAGGAUACUACAAAUGCACUCACAAGGGUUGCCUAGCUUCCAAACAGGUGCAGAGAGAUGACGAGGAGCCUUUCCUUUACAAUAUCACCUAUUGUGGCCGUCACACUUGCAGACAAACCUCCAGUGCAACAAAUUCCUCCAUGAAUAAUCAGGCCGACUUACUGAUACAACAUGGGGUAGAUGAUGACGAUGACGACGACGACUUUGAUCCGGAAUCUUUUGCGAGGAGUUUGAUAACUUUCAGAAUCAGAACAGUGGAGGAUAACGAAAAUGUGGCGGCUGCUGACCCCGAGAAUUUGCGGCAACAAAUAAAGUGAAAAGCACAUUAAAAAAUGAGAAAGAAAAACUCAGCCAUGUCUCAAUUAGGGUUUGGCACCCUUUUAUUAACUUUGGCGAAGUAAAUUGAUAAGAAGGCAAAAGGCAGGUCUCGAGUAGAUUGUGAUGCUGAUAAUCUUCAGCUUCAACAGUUGGAAGAAAAGGAUGUAGUAUCAUCAGUAGCAACUGUUCUCUCUGAUCUUUAUGGUUCUGGGGAAU